UUAAUGAACGUUAACGUGCAGAGUGACGGGUGGCAAGCGAUUGUCGUGCUUGCUUCGCGAUAGAAUUUAUUUUUAACUUUUAACAUACGUGGUUUUAAACAUCUUGUAGUUAAAACUGGCUGGUCGUAUAAUUUAGCCAAAUAAAUUUCAACAAAACAUCGUCGUAUUCAGCAUAUAAUACAAUGUCGUCCAGAAAGACCGCAGGCCGUCGUGGCACCAACAAGAAGCGCGCCCAGCGUGCCACAUCAAAUGUAUUUGCUAUGUUUGAUCAGGCACAGAUCGCAGAAUUCAAAGAGGCAUUCAACAUGAUUGAUCAAAAUCGUGAUGGUUUUGUUGAUAAAGAUGACUUGCAUGAUAUGUUGGCAUCACUUGGCAAAAAUCCAACAGAGGACUAUCUAGAAAAUAUGAUGAAUGAAGCUCCGGGACCUAUAAAUUUCACCAUGUUCCUUACAUUGUUUGGUGAACGUCUCCAAGGCACUGACCCAGAGGAUGUCAUUAAAAAUGCAUUCGGAUGUUUUGAUGAAGAAAACAAUGGUGUUAUUGCCGAGGAGAGGCUUCGUGAGUUGCUAACUACAAUGGGUGAUCGGUUCACUGAUGAUGAUGUUGAUGAAAUGCUCCGAGAGGCACCCAUUCGUGAUGGAUUGUUUGAUUACGUCGAAUUUACGCGUAUCCUGAAGCAUGGUGCUAAGGACAAGGAUGAACAGUAAGCAUGUUACAAAUAUAAAAUAUCAACCCCAUAUAAAGUACUACCCAAUUUUAUCUUUAUUUUCUAAGUCUAUGGAUGAGUUUUUUUUUUGUAUUAUGAGUACUGGCAACACAUUACAGUCAGAAAAACAUGUCAUUGAU